AUUAACGCCGCGUACUUUGGUUGACAGCAAUUUCAGGUUUUUUAUAUCCAGCGUCUUCGAGUGUGUACAACGAGAUUCUGUACAGAAUUGUUAUUUUUGAUGGUUUAAUCAACAACUCAAAUGUUGAAACAGUUACUACUUACUUGAAAUGAGUGUAUUCGAACGUCUUCAACAAAAAUUGGCCAAAUGUUCCACAUCUGUUCGCGGUCAAGAAACUGCACAGAUUUAUCAUAAAAACAACUUCGCCUCAUCAGAACAAGCUACUUUUUUGGAUAAUGUUGUUACAACAACAGAGGAUCAUCCAACGACAAAUACCAUUCCACUAUGUUGCGAUCAUUCACAAACUUGGAAUGUUGAAUCUCAAAUGGUUCCCAAUAUAACCACCAGCCAUUCAAACCCAUCUCUACACACUGUUGGAAUACUUAAUUCCAAGAUAAACACAACUCUGGAGACAGAAAUUAACAUGCCCAAAUCAAGCUUUAGUCACAGUCAAGAUCAUUUAAAUGCAACUAGUAAUAACAACCUUAGCCCGCAUCAACGUCAGCAACAACCUAGAAGAAAACGAGCAAAAACCCCAGUUAGUUCAUUCUAUCGCGUCAGCAGUGAUGAUGAUUGUGAUACAUGCGAUGAAGAAGAAGAUGAUGAUGAUGAUGUUGAUAACAAUACUGAAGAGUACAUAGAUCAGUGUGAUGAAUUGAUUAUCAAACGAUCUGUUGCAUUUGAACGUAGAUCACAACGUCUACGUCAUAGUAUUGAUCGGGCUAAAGCAGCGCUGCCUGCUGAUUUCGCUGACCGAAUCGAGAUAUCAGAUUCGCUUGGUGAUUUACCUAAUCAAGAAUCGUCUGGUGGGACAAAUCUUCAAAAACAUAAUCGAAGUGUUAGCAAUCUUGGUGUAGAUUUAACAGAUCAAUUAAGCAAUAGUGAUUCAGAUUCUCAAGAGAAUGUAAAUGAUGUUAAUAACAAUGUAAAUGGACUCUAUGAGUCACAAGAAACCUCAAACUCGAAUGAAAAUCGUACGGAAUCAAAUACAAAAGAAGAUAAACAUCGUGAAGUUAGUGACACAUUAAAAAUCAAGUCAACUGAUUUAGUAAUACCUCAUGAAGGGGAGGAUGUCAAUAAAACAACAACCACAACAACAACAACUACUACUACUACUACUACAUCUAACGAUCAUUUCGAAAAAUCUGAAGCAUCAGUCGAUUCUAGCUUACAAACAGGAAUUUACUGGCAUCCAGGUCCACCCCAGCCCCUGUCUGAAUUGAUGUACGAGUUUCGUUCAGGCAGCCCAGGAACAACCUAUUUGAUCAAAGCUAUUUGCAAGCGUUCAGGAUGUCAUUGCGCUUUAAAAAAUUAUGAGAGUCUCAUGUUAUAUCCAGUACCGGAUUCAACGCUUGCUUCUGCAACUUGGGAAUUAUGGACAGCCAAAGACAAAAAUCCACGUUUUUCUAAUUCUUCCUGUGAGGUCCAGUCAAAAUUAAUUGUUUUUCGACAAUGUCGAGGAUGGUAUGAAGUUUUGAAUGAAAAUCAUCAACCAACUCCUCAUUUAACAACACUUGAACAGGUAAGGCGCUCUAAAGCUUCAACUUUCAUCGUCCGACAAGAUAUGCGUUGUUUAGUUGCACCACCAAACUUGAUUAUACCUUCCUCAGAUGAAACACGAGAAGUAAAUGAUGAUACUUCACCAUAUUCGGUACCACCAAGUCUAGUUGCAUUGGCAUGUUCACCAGAAACAUUGGCUAAUUCAAAACCGGACAUCGUUCGCGCUGGAACACUUCUGCGGUAUAUCACGUACCUACCUCAAUGCUCAGUUAAACGUGGGAAAAAAACUAAGGAUUUAGGCCUUGUAUUAGCAGUUGAAAGAUCUAGUUGUUCAAAACAAUCAUCUAUUCAUUCCGAUCUACUCCCGGUUAGGUCCCUUUCACGUACUAUUUACCUUGGUGUUGAAGAUUCUACACCUGCGGUAUUUCCUCCUAAACUCUCCUUAAGUGUUAUUGCUGGACCAGAAAAUAUUUCUGGAGUUCACUUAUUAUCUAGUCUACUUCGUAAAUUCCGGUUACCUUUAUCAGUUAGACCUAUACCUUUACCGGACUCUUAUAGUUAUACAAGCAACAGUUCAUCUAUGAGGUGUCCAUCACUUAUCAAUACUAAUCCCAAAGUAACUUGUGGUCUAGUUGCAGUUCAACCGCUUUCAUUUACUGAAAAACAUUUUUUAAGAUUACAUUCUUUAUAUAGAGGUGAUAUUUUAAUUAUUGCCCCAGUAUCUUCACCAGAACGUUUAUUUUUAAUUACACCGUCAAUGUUACGCGAUCAUUCAUUUCAAACUGGUUAUACACAUGAUCCAACUUAUGCUCUUUCUAUGGAAAAUCAUCGUAUACAAGCAUGCAAUUUUUUAGCAAUUGCUCAUUCUCAAGAAACACUGAAUUAUUUAGUUCGACAUAUGCAAGAUAUAACACGAGAACCUCGUGAUUCCUAUACAUCACGUCAACAAGCAAAACAACGAAGUGAUCUACCGCAAGCACCAGAAUCUUAUAUGACACAAGAAGAAAUUUUUAAGACCUACGAUGAAAUAGAUGAUAUAUACUUUUAUAUUCGUCAUGGUUAUUAUCCAUCAAAAAUACGUAAACCAGAUGAUCUAACUAAUAAAAAUGAAUCCAUACCUAGUAGUAAAUUAAAAACUUACAAACAUUCCACUGGUUCAUCACAUACAUCAGAUGAUGCAGCAACAGGCAAGAUGACUGGUCAAAAAGAUAGCGCUCUAUCCCGUUCGAAUUUGGCAACCGCUGAAGACUUGCUUGCCGCUUCACUUCAUACACCUUCACACAAUGACUCAACUGUCCCAGUGCAACAACCUUCUAGUUUAUCUAAAUCAUCAAGCAAAAGUAAAAUUGUCAAUUCAAAUCAACAUAGUAUUAAUAAUAUGAUCAAUGCGACUUUGGCCACUUUAGCCAGUACAACAUAUCGUGUUCAGCCAAAAGAAUAUGGCAUAUAAUACAGUAUCGCUUAAUAAUAGUUAGAAAAAUGAAAGAACUUGGAAAUUUCUCUAUUAUACUACCAAUGGAAAUGAUUAUUUUCAACUGGGUUUUUUUUUCUCUUUGACUUUAUUCUAUGGUAAUUGUUUAUGUAUGCAUUCGUUCAAUGGUGUAAACAAACAAAUAAUCCUAGUGUCUUAUUCAAUCAGUGUAUAUUCAUAUUCAAAACUGACAAUUGUUAUUAUGUAUGAUAUCCUGAGAAAAUUCUGAGGGCUAAUAAUAUAAACAUUCCAUACAUCUAUCUGUCCAUCCUUUCACAAUAUCUAAAACCAUCAUUAGAAUUUGUAUGCUAUUUUACAUUUAUUUUUUUUUUUGCUUCGGUAAUUUGACGCUUCUGCUUGAAAAUCACUGUGUUCUGUUUUUGCCUAAACCAUUCCCAAUGCUGCUGUCUAAAAAAACUUUCCCCAAUUGCUGUGAAUCUAUUUCGUUCCAAUUCUCGUUUUCAUUAACUGAACUCCCAAUCCAACCAAUACGUUAUUCCAUCCCAUUUUAAUCAGUCAAUUCACUCCAACGUGCAUCAUUCGAUUAAACUUUUCGAAUGACACUUAAGCUUAGACAUAGUUUAUGACGUGUUAUGUAUUGUUGCGGUUGUUUUUUUAAAACAAUAAAUAAGCUAGUUUUCCUAUUUUCUCUUGACCAAUCCUCUUUGAUCAAUAAUAAUCAAGAAAUUUCUGUGUCUGUCUUUUCAUGUGUAACGGAUAUUCAAUGAGUGAAACAUUUUCAUCCAAUCAUCACAAUACUCUCUAAAUUUUGUACAUAAAUCAUCAACCGUCUUGUUUUUUUUGUUUGUUUUUUUUAAAUCCCAUAUUAUUUGUGCAUACAUGUGUUUGCGUACAGCCUUCAAUAAAUGACAUAAAUAGUGUGUUGUUGAGUCACUUGUCUAAAUUAUCCUUUCUUACACAGCCUAGUUAGUUGUGUCAUAUCAUAUUUACUUUAACUGUUUUCUUACUUGCUAAUCUUCAUUUCAUCUCUUACAUUAUUUUUUUUAAUGAUAAUAAUGAUAAAUAAUGAAAUUGUUGAUUCGACUGGUCUGUCUUCACUCUUUUUGUGUACUUGACUUUAUUUUUUUCGUAUUCAGUAGUUCCAAUUAUGGAAAAUACACAUGUUAUUGGGAUUACACGGAUCCAUGCUUAGUCAAUAAAUGAUCAUUGUUCAAGUUCACUCCAUCAUUGUUUUUCUCCUUACUUCUUUCACUGGUCUUUAUUUGUUGUAUGUUGUAGAGUGUAUGCUUUGUACGCUAAACUGGUGAUGAAUGAGUGUAUUUUCUGGGCUCUUUACUUUCUAUUUUUCUAUAUAAGAUAGGAAACUAUUCCAUUUAAUCAUUUGUGUAAUUAACUUUUUUUAUCGACAUCGUUGUUAAUUUUGCUUGUGUUCACACUGGGGUUUUUUUUGUUUUGUUCUUGAAUUACACUAUUUGUCUUAUUCGUUCCAGAA